AUGGAGGAGGGCCUAGGAUCUAGCUGUUUGCAAUUGAAAUCUGAUGAAAGUGAGGUUUUGCCAAGGCAAGACAUUGAGGAAAAAGGGGGAUGGUGUGAAGCAACCGUUGGUGAAGAUGAUAGGGAAAAAGGGGGAUUGGUGGAGGAUAAUGUAGAUAGUAAAGAAGUUAGUGUGAAGAGAAAAGUCAAAGAGAAAGGCUUAGAAGUGAAAACUGGGAGUGUGAUUGAAGGUGAUAAGAUUGGGAGUGGGGUCGAUAAAACUGAAGAUGACAAUGGUUUUGAGACAAAACCAACUGUGGUGGUUGAGGAGGGAAUGAUCAGUCUCAUGACCACCAAGCUUCAAGGGAAGAAGGGGUUUGAGAAGAAGAUCGAACGCAAUGCAGGAGAAAAUGAUUGUCCGAGUGGUAAAGUGAGGAAGAAGCUCAAGCGCAAGCGUGGAAGACCACCCAAGGUACUGACCAAUGAUGGGUCUGUAAAGAAAGGAUUUAUUAUAGAAGCAGGGGAGAGUGAUUGUUUUGAUGAGGAUACAACUAAGGAGUCUAAGGGUAACCGUGGUAGACCACGGAAAGUGCAGGAGAAUAGUGGUUUGAGAAGAAAGAAAUUAAUGUGGAAGCAGAAGGGAGUGAUCAGUCUGAUCGUAGUGGCAUUAAGAAGUCAAAUAAUAACUGUGGGCAUGCAGGCCAAUGACAAGACAGAGGACUCAGAAGGUUGAGAAGGAAGUGGAUGAGGUAAAAGCAGGAGAGAGUUAUCACUCUGAAGUCGAGACAAGGAAGGAGGCAAACCGCAAGCAUGAGUCACCACCCAAGAUGCAUCUCAAUGAUGGGGUCGAAAAGAAAGCUGUUGAUACCGAAAUGGGAGAGAUCGAUCACCUUGAUUGUGAGUCAAGGAAGAAGGUCAUGCAUCAUCGUGGGAGGCCACCUAAAGUGCAUGUCAGUGAUGGGUUACCAAAUAAACGAGUUGAAUUGGAAAUGAAGGGAUUGAUCAAUGUAAAAGCAAUGUAAAGGAAGGUGUGAUCCAUAAGCGUGGAAGACCAGCAAAGCUUCAGGGUGGUAGUAAGGGUUUGAAGGAAGGAUUAUAGAUGGGAGAAAAAGUUGGUUGGGCUAAAAAGAGCAGAAAGAAGUUGAGGGGGAGUUUAAAGUUUAAUAUGCCUGCUAAUACUUCAUAUGCAGAGAAGUUACUGAUUGGGAAAGAAUCAAAUCUAAAGAGGUCUGCUAAUAAGGAUAGAUUUGGUUAUAUGGAAGAAUGAGAGCAAGGCUUCACUAAUGUUAAGAUCUAAGGUUUUACGGUGGGAGACAAUGAAAAGGGACUAAAGAAAGCCGGAGAUGAAGGGGAACUGAGAAAAUCAGAAGUAAAACAAGCUUGAGAGAUCGAAUAGUGAAUAUGCUUAAGGCAGCAGGUUGGACAAUUGAUUACAGGCCCCGGAAUAAGAAAGAGUACAAUGAUGCAGUGUAUGUUAAUCCUGAAGGAAGACUCACUGGUCAGUUACGUUGGCCUACAGGAGGCUUAAAAAGAAUUAUGAGAAUGGUGACUCGAAGGUUUGUCCAAAUGGUUUCUUAUUUACUCCGAUUCCUGAAGAAGAACUUAGCAUCCUAAAAAGAAUAAUUAAAAAGAAAAG